AAUUGACCUUCCGGACGUGGCAACAUCGCCAGAACGUGUUUCCUUUCGGAAUUGACACGCGCUCAAAUGACUGGAGCGGCGAUAGGAUCGAGUCAACGCGACAUGUGAACCUGAUAAGAGAUGAAUUCUAGAAACGGCUGUCGGUCCUGCUAAUUUGGUGCGGGUGAUCGUCAUUUACGACAGCGUUGAGGUCAAGAUAGUUAUAUAAGAGCAUAGAAUUUUUGUAGCUACUCCGUCCCCUUGCCGUUCGUGCACCACAACAACGGUAGGAGAGCUCCAGGACGACCACUUGAAGUCAUCUUCAGGCCUUGUCGCGCAAGAUGAAGUCCGCCACCGCCACCGUCGCCGUCCUCUCCCUCAUCCCUCUCCUCCAUGCGGCGCCUCUCGCGUCGCCCACACCACCCAACAUCCCCUCCGAAUCCAGCGCGAGAACCAUGCUCUCCGGUUUGACCACCGCGGCGGGCGACGCCACCGGUUACGACCGUGACCUCUUCCCGCACUGGAUCACCAUCUCUGGCAAGUGCAACACGCGGGAGACGGUGCUCAAGCGCGACGGCACGGACGUGGAGACGGACGACGCGUGUGCAUCGACGAGCGGGAGUUGGUUUAGCGUGUAUGAUGGAGCGACGUGGACGGCCGCGUCGGAUGUGGAUAUUGACCAUGUUGUGCCGUUGUCAAAUGCUUGGAAGUCCGGUGCGAAUGAAUGGACGACUGCACAGCGACAGACGUUCGCGAACGAUCUGACCAAUCCUCAGCUUCUUGCUGUGACGGACAACGUCAAUCAAGCAAAGGGUGACAAGGGCCCGGAGGCGUGGAAGCCACCGCUUGAGUCAUACUGGUGCACCUACGCCCGCAUGUGGAUCAAGGUUAAGGACAUCUACAGCUUGACUGUCAACUCCGACGAGAAGAGCGCGCUGGGCGAAAUGCUGGAUACGUGCUAGAAGGGCAGGUCGGAAGCUGUUAACGGGACCUUUUCUGGGAAUCCGGCGGUUUCUGGCAGCUAGGGCGGUUCUGGUGCCUAGACUUCAAUCUCGGCUGGAAACAGGGAGAAUAGAGGACGUAGGACCCCCUGGAUGGUGUCGGUGGUUGCAUUGCUAUUCUUAUUUGUCUCGUGAACAUCUUCAAUGUACCUUUCCUGGUGUUCAAGGAGCUAUCGAAUAUACAGCAGACACUGACUAUUCGUCAUGGGCAGAAUAAAGAUUAUAUACUGCUCCAAAUAA